AUGAUUGAAUUUUGUCAACAUUAUUAUCGUGGAAAUGAGAAAGAAUUAAAAUUUAUUCGUGAAUUUGAACAUGAUUAUAAAUCGAAUAUGACUAUUAAUGACAUUGAGCAAUUACGUAUAUUUCGAUUUUUUAUUGCUGAUUUAUCAAUGAAUCUUGCGACUGAAUAUGAAAAAUUGAAAAACAAAGGUGAACAAAUUCUUAUGCUUUAUCGUGGACUAAAAAUGGUAGAAGAAGAACAUAAAACUUUAAAACAAAAUGAAGGUAGUUUAAUAUCAACCAAUGGUUUCCUAUCAACAAGUCGUUCAAAAAAUGUUGCACUUAAAUUUGCUAAAAAAUCGCCCAAACGUUCAGAUAUUGUUCCAGUUCUAUAUGAAAUUGAAUGUUUAAAUGCUAUACAGAUGCAUUAUGAAUUAACUGCUGCUUAUGGACAAGGUGUUGUUUCAUAUAGUNUUCCAUCUUGA